UUUUUAAAUGCGAUUCCAUAUAUAAAGAACAUGUUCACUGGCCACUGAGAUAAAUCCACCAGGUUUUUUCUCAAAUUUUGUUUCAGUUUUCAUCAUGUUCACGGGGUUCUUCCUGUUCUUGUUUUGUUGUUCUGAAUUCCAUGGAUUUCUUCUCUUGUUGAGCUAUUUCUAUUUCAACUCACAUUUCGGUUUCUGAAAUUACUCUGUUGAUUCUUACUGAGUUUGCCGUCUUCUUCUCAAUGCGUUUCGAGAUUUAAACGCAAAUUUUCAUGGAUAUUCCUUCUGUUAUAGUAAAUGCUGUGUUUAUUUUUGCAUUAUCGAUGUGGAUUUUGCUUCACUCGUGUAGACGAGAAGCAGAGAGUGGAAUCCCUCAAUCGAGAAACAGAGAAUUUCGAGAGUUUAAAUGGCUAACCAGCAUUACGAUCUUUUCUAAUGCUGUUCUUCCGUUUUGGUAUUCUGGAUUUGCUGCUUAUGAGUACUGGAAUCGUGGAAUCGUUGAUUGGGGAUUGAUCAUCUCCGCUUUAACGUGGAUUUUCGUCGCUGCGAUUGCUUUCUACUGGAGAAAUGGAACGAAUCAUCAAGCCAAAAGAUGGCCGUUGAUUCUAAUUGUUUGGUGGAUUUUCUCUUGUUUUUAUGGAUUAGGUUCUUCGAUUAUUUACCUGCUUACACACUUGAAAUCCAUGGAGUUUCCUCAUUUUCUUCCAAAAGCUACUGUUAUUGAUUUUGCUUCAUUCACUCUGUCUUUGAUCAUCUGCUGUACUGCACUGAUUGUUAACUAUCAUGAUAAACACAAUGAUCUUGAGAAAUCAUUGCUCCAAAAAGAGAAUGAUUCUUGUUCUGAAGAUGAUGGUGGGUUCAUCAGUCCUGGAUUUUGGAGCCAAAUUACAUUCCAAUGGCUAAACCCUCUCUUCAAAAGGGGGAGGAAUCAAAAACUUGAACUAGUUCACGUUCCUUCUGUUCCUCAAUCUGAAACAGCUGAAUAUGUUUCUUCCUUGCUGGAAGAAUCGCUUCAGAGAAAGAAAAUUGAGUCAUCUUCCUUGCCCAAAGCUAUAGUUCUAGCUACAUGGAAGUCUCUGGUUUUAACUGCAAUAUUUUCGGGAGUCAACACAUUAGCAUCCUUUAUGGGGCCUUUCUUAAUCUCCAACUUUGUGAAUUAUCUGUUGGGAAAAAGCGAUGAAUCAAGCAACCGUGAUGGGUUGAUUCUUGCAUUCUUCUUCUUCUUUGCUAAGACAUUGGAGUCUCUUACUCAAAGACAGUGGUAUUUCGGCACUCACCGUGUCGGUAUUCAGGUAAGGGCAGCUCUUACAGUGAUGAUCUACAAGAAAUCUAUAUCGGUUAAUGCUGCUGGUCCAAGUAAUGGAAAGAUCAUUAAUCUAAUAAAUGUUGACGUUGAAAGAAUUGGAGACUUCUCUUGGUAUAUCCAUAAGAUUUGGUUGCUUCCUGUCCAAAUAGCUCUAGCACUUAUCAUUCUUUUUAGGAAUCUUGGAGCUGCUCCUUCCAUUACUGCUCUGUUAGCUACAAUAUUUAUAAUGGUAAGCAACACACCAUUAGCUAAUGUUCAAGAAAGUCUACACUCGAAAAUAAUGGAUGCAAGAGACUCUAGAAUCAAAUUGACAUCAGAGACUCUAAAGAACAUGAGAGUCUUGAAACUCCAUUCUUGGGAACAGACGUUUAUGAAGAAGGUCUUGCAGCUUCGAGAAGUCGAAAGGAGCUGGUUAAAGAGAUAUCUCUAUACAUGCUCCGUUAUAGCAUUUCUGUUUUGGGUUUCACCAACUUUAGUUUCAGUACUUACUUUUGGUGCUUGUGUUAUGACGAAAAUCCCUCUAACAGCAGGCACGGUUUUAUCAGCCAUUGCUACUUUUAGGAUCCUACAAGAUCCAAUUUAUAACCUACCGGAGCUGAUUUCCAUGAUUGCUCAAACAAAAGUCUCCCUUGACCGUAUACAAGAGUUCAUUCAAGAAGAAGAUCAAAGGAAGCAGAUUUAUCAUCCUCCUUCCAGUUCAUCAGAUAUCGUGAUCGAAAUGGAGGUAGGGGAGUAUUUGUGGGAAGCGAGCGAUCUAAAUUUUAAGAAACCUACGAUUAAAGUUGCAGAAAAGAUGCAAAUACCAAAAGGUUACAAAGUUGCAGUUUGCGGGUCGGUCGGUUCGGGAAAAUCAAGCCUACUUUGUAGUAUACUGGGCGAGAUCCCACAGAUUUCAGGAACACAAAUGAAGAUACAUGGAACUAAAGCUUAUGUUCCCCAAAGUGCUUGGAUCCAAUCAGGCACUGUAAGAGAGAAUGUGCUGUUUGGGAAGGAGAUUGAUAAACAUUUUUAUGAGGAUGUGCUAGAAGCCUGCGCUUUGAAUCAGGAUAUCAAGCUGUGGCAGGAUGGCGAUUGCACCUUGUUGGGAGAGAGGGGUGUGAAUCUAAGUGGAGGACAAAAGCAGCGGAUUCAAUUGGCAAGGGCAGUGUAUAGUGAUGCAGAUGUUUACUUCCUGGAUGAUCCUUUUAGUGCUGUGGACGCAUGUACUGGAACACAUUUGUUCAAGAGAUGUCUUCUGCAACUUCUGUCUAGUAAAACUGUUGUAUAUGCUACUCAUCACUUGGAAUUCAUUGAAGCUGCUGACCUUGUUCUGGUAAUGAAAAAUGGUCAUAUUGUUCAAUCAGGAAAGUAUGCAGAAUUAAUAUCAUAUUCGAACGGUGAACUUGCUAGACACAUUGCAGCACAUAGAAGAUCACUGAAUGGAGUUAAGCCACUGAAAGAAGAUAAACCCCAUCAUAAAAGACCAUGUAAGACACAUCAAAUAGAAGCUCUAGAUGAAAGUUCUUCCUUGUCUCUUGGAAAUGUUGGCCACUCUGUGAGAGCUCAAGAAGAGGAAACUCAAACCGGUCGAGUAAAGUGGAGUGUCUACUCAACCUUCAUCACAUCUGCUUAUAAAGGAGCUCUUGUUCCUGUAAUCCUUCUGUGUCAAGUUUUGUUUCAAAUCCUUCAGAUGGGCAGUAAUUACUGGAUUUCUUGGGCAACAGAAGAAGAAGGCAAGGUCAGCAGAAAACAGUUUCUCGUGACGUUCAUUUUGAUGUCCGGUGGGAGCUCCAUCUUUAUAUUAGGCCGCGCCGUUUUUAUGGCAACCAUCGCUAUCGAGACUGCACAACGAAUGUUUCUUGGAAUGGUGACAUCAAUAUUUGCAGCACCUAUUUCAUUUUUUGAUGCCAAACCUUCGAGCCAAAUCCUUAACCGGUCAUCUACUGAUCAAAGCACCUUGGAUACAGAUAUCCCUUAUAGAUUAGGAGGAUUGGCUUUUGCACUCAUUCAGCUGUUGAGUAUCAUCAUUCUGAUGUCCAAGGUUGCAUGGCAAGUUUUCCCACUCUUCCUUGUCGUCCUUGCUCUCUCUAUAUGGGAUAUUACAUCAGUACUGCUAGAGAAUUAGCUAGAAUGGUUGGUAUUCGGAAGGCUCCGAUUCUUCAUCACUUUUCGGAAACAGUCGUUGGUGCAACAAUUAUCCGUUGUUUUAAUCAAGAGGAUCGUUUCUUGAGAAAAACACUGAAGCUGGUU